CCGUUUCAGUGAAGCCGAACGAAGAAGCAAGCAAAAAUGGGGGCUUCGAUAAUCUCCUUUCACUCUCACUCUCUUCUUCUCCGAUCAGUUCCCUCUUCUUUCUCCACCUUCUUCUCCAAACCCUCCGCCGCCGCCGCCGCUGCCGCCGUUUGCUUCAAUCAAUUUAAGCCCGUCAGUUCAAACUUCUUCACUCGCGAAUCUUCUCACCAUUCCCGGUCUUUCAUUCCCUCCCCAUCCCUUUCCUUCCCUCGCUCCUUUGCCUCCACCAUUUCCGGCCCCUCCGAGUUCAGAUUUGAUGAAGACGACGAUGAAAUUGAAGAUGAAGAUGAAAGUGAUUACGAAGAUGAAGUCGAAAUUGAACGGGAAGAGGCCGUUGAGGAUGGAAUGGAAACCGGUGUGGCUUCGGAGUUGUCUUCGUUGAUGGUGAAUAGAAAUGAAGUGAAGAAUAUUCCGAGCUUGACGAUUAAGGAGAAGAAAGAGCUGGCAUCGUAUGCUCAUAGCUUGGGAAAGAAGCUGAAAAGUCAGUUGGUGGGAAAAUCUGGCGUCACUCCUGGCUUGGCUACUUCUUUCAUCGAGACACUUGAAGCCAACGAACUUCUUAAGAUCAAAAUUCUCGGAAACUGUCCAGAGGAGCUAGAGGAUGCAGUGAGGAAAUUGGAGGAAUCGACUGGCUCUGUGGUGGUGAAUCAAAUUGGCAGAACUGUUAUCAUUUAUAGGCCCAGCAUCACAAAAAUGAAAGCAGAGAAACAAAAACGACAAGCACGAAAAAUUUACGUGAGAAAAGAGCUCGAUCGAGUCAAAUCCAUUUUGCAGAAUAAAAUACAAACGCCUAGGAGCUCGAACCGUGGUCGUCGUGGAAGCAGCAGGUAUUGAUCUGAAGUAGGAUUCACAUCUAGCAUUUAUAUUUUGGAGGAACAGAUUUCGAAUUUUCAUCUCAAUGUAAGUUUUGUUCAUACCAUUCUUGUUCUUGUAGUUCCACUAGUUUUGAUUUAUUUCAUUAAUGUAGAGAUUUUUACUCUGCUUCUACUUCAUAGGUUUAGAGGUUAAACAAGAUUAUAGGGUGUAUGAGAGAGUUAGUAGUAAGAGCAAACUAAUUAACAUAGAAUAGGAGAGCCUCCGAAGAUGAAGACAUUGGACUUAUUCUCAUAAUUCAUCACUCGUAACUUAAAAA